AUGGAGGCGCCCGCCGCCCGCCUGCUGCCGCCGCUGCUGCUGCUGCUCGCGGCCUGCGCCCCGGCGCCGGGCCGCGCCUCCUCGGACGCGCCGCCGCUGGUCAACGAGGACGUGAAGCGCACGGUGGACCUGAGCAGCCACCUGGCCAGGGUGACGGCCGAGGUGGUCCUGGCGCACGCGGGCAGCGGCUCCUCGGCCCGCGCCGCCUCCUUCCUGCUGGCGCUGGAGCCCGAGCUGGAGGCCCGGCUCGCGCACCUCGGCGUGCAGGUGAAGGGAGAGGAUGAGGAAGAGAACAAUCUGGAAGUAAGAGAAACCAACAUCAAGGGUAAAAGCGGGAGAUUCUUCACAGUCAAGCUCCCAGUGGCUCUUGAUCCUGGGGCCAAGAUCUCGGUCAUCGUGGAAGCCGUUUAUACCCACGUGCUUCAGCCGUACCCAACCCAGAUCACCCAGUCAGAGAAGCAGUUCGUGGUGUUUGAGGGGAACCAUUACUUCUACUCUCCCUACCCAACCAAGACGCAGACCAUGCGUGUGAAGCUCGCCUCCCGGAACGUAGAGAGCUACACCAAGCUGGGGAAUCCCACGCGCUCCGAGGACCUCCUGGAUUAUGGCCCCUUCCGCGACGUCCCUGCCUACAGUCAGGACACGUUCAGAGUGCAUUCUGAGAACAACAGCCCUUUCCUCACCAUCACCAGCAUGACCCGCGUCAUCGAGGUCUCCCACUGGGGCAACAUUGCCGUGGAGGAGAACGUGGACCUGAAGCACACGGGGGCCGUGCUCAAGGGGCCUUUCUCGCGCUAUGAUUACCAGAGGCAGCCGGACAGUGGGGUCUCCUCCGUCCGCUCAUUUAAGACCAUCCUCCCCGCUGCGGCCCAGGACGUGUACUACCGCGACGAGAUCGGCAACGUGUCCACCAGCCACCUGCUCGUCCUGGAUGACUCCGUAGAGAUGGAGAUCCGGCCUCGCUUCCCGCUCUUCGGCGGCUGGAAGACGCAUUACAUCGUUGGCUACAACCUCCCAAGCUACGAGUACCUCUACAACCUGGGAGACCAGUACGCGCUGAAGAUGAGGCUGGUGGAUCACGUGUUUGAUGAGCAGGUCAUAGACUCUCUGACCGUGAAGAUCAUCCUGCCGGAAGGGGCCAAGAACAUCCAGGUGGACAGUCCCUACGAGAUCAGCCGCGGCCCUGACGAGCUGCACUACACCUAUCUGGACACGUUCGGCCGGCCGGUCAUCGUGGCCCACAAGGGGAACCUGGUGGAGCAGCACAUCCAGGACAUCGUGGUGCACUACACCUUCAACAAGGUGCUCAUGCUGCAGGAGCCGCUGCUGGUGGUGGCCACUUUCUACAUCCUCUUCUUCACCGUCAUCGUCUACGUCAGGCUAGACUUCUCCAUAACGAAGGACCCAGCUGCGGAAGCCAGGAUGAAGGUGGCUUGCAUCACAGAGCAGGUCUUGACCCUGGUCAACAAGAGGCUAGGUCUCUACCGUCACUUUGACGAGACGGUCAACAGGUACAAACAGUCCCGAGACGUGUCCACUCUCAACAGUGGCAGGAAGAGCCUGGAGACGGAGCACAAGGCCUUGACGAGCGAGGUGGCACUGCUGCAGUCCAGGCUGAAGGCCGAGGGCUCUGACCUGUGCGACAAGGUGAGUGAAAUGCAGAGACUGGACGCGCAGGUCAAGGAGCUGGUCCUGAAGGCGGCGGUGGAGGCCGAGCGGCUGGUGGCCGGCAAGCUCAAGAAAGACACGUACAUCGAGAACGAGAAACUCAUCUCGGGAAAGCGGCAGGAGUUGGUCAGCAAGAUCGACCACAUCCUGGACGCCCUGUAGCCCUGCAGAGGGCAGGCUUGGGCGCGAACGGCAAGGCCAACACAGACCGGCUUCUGGAUUUUGUAAAAUGCUUUCAAGAAAGACAGAAGUCAGGCCCUGCCUCAGGCAACGCAAAAAGCUUCGUUUUUGUCCCUAAAGUAUCCCUUUAAAACAACAGCAAAACUUAAAUGUCAUGAAAAACAAAGUAUCUUUGUGUUUUGAACAAAGAAGUUUUUGAGUUUUGUUUAUUCUGAAUCCUAGGAUAUUUUUGGCACCUGUAAGCCCUUGUUUUAUAGCCUUCUAAUUCCUGAUGUGUGGGUAUUUUACAAGCGUGUGUGUUUUUUAAAGUGUGUGUGACCUAGUGACAAUAAAGUUGGGACUGUGAACUUGG